UCCGUGUCUAGCUUUAUGAAGUUCCACCCCUUAAAUUGCAAAUUUGGCCUUAUCUUCAAAGAAGCCCUCUGGUGCCAAGCUUUUAAAGGAAGCCGCUGCCGCACCUCCACCACAUCCCUUGAAGCAGCUUAUGGGACCCUUCCCUGGGCGCCUCUGCCCCAGGAGACACCGCAUGGGAUGGCAAUGACACGUGGAAAGAAGAGACCCAUGUCCCCUGUCCCUUGCCUCCUCCUCGCAGCUGCUAGCUGCUUUGCCCAACUGAGUGAAUCUCUGCAGGUCACCGUGCAGCCCGCCUCCAUUGUCCAAAAAUUCGGGGGCCCGGUCAGCCUGGGGUGUGUGGUGGACCCCCCUGGCGUGAACCUCACCUGGAGACUGAACGGGAAGGAGCUGGCCGGGUCGGACGAGGCGCUGGGUGUCCAGGUCGAGCGAGGGAAGCUCGUCGUGGCAGCCCUCAACAACCACACCGUGGGGCGGUACCAAUGCAUCGCUCGUGUGCCUGAGGGAGUCAUCGCCAGCGUCCCUGCAGUGGUCACGCUAGCUAAUCUCAAGGACUUCAAGUUUGACGGCCAGCACGUGAUUGAGGUGGACGAGGGCAACACGGCCGUCAUCGCCUGCGACCUGCCCGAGAGCCACCCCAAGGCCCAGGUGCGCUACAGCGUGAAGCACGAGUGGCUGGAGGCCUCCCGAGACAAUUACCUUAUCAUGCCAUCCGGGAACCUGCAGAUUGUCAACGCCAGCCAGGAGGAUGAGGGGACCUACAAAUGUGCUGCCUACAACCCCGUGACGCAGGAGGUGAAAACCUCCGUGUCCAGCGAGAGGCUCCGCGUGAGACGCUCCACGGCGGAGGCAGCUCGGAUCAUCUACCCCCCCGAGGCUCAGACCAUCAUCGUCACCAAAGGCCAAAGCCUCAUCCUGGAGUGCGUGGCCAGCGGGAUCCCCCCGCCGCGGGUCACCUGGGCCAAGGACGGCUCCAGCGUCUCAGCGUUCAACAAGACGCGCUUCCUGCUCAGCAACCUCCUCAUCGACCCCACCAGCGAGGAGGACUCGGGGACCUACAGCUGCACGGCGGACAAUGGGGUCGGCGAGGCCGGAGCCGCAUUCAUCUUCUACAACGUGCAGGUGUUCGAGCCUCCGGAGGUCACGAUGGAGCUGUCCCAGCAGAUCAUCCCCUGGGGCCAGAGCGCCAAGUUCACCUGCGAGGUGCGGGGAAACCCCCAGCCCUCCGUCGUGUGGCUGCGCAACGCCGUGCCCCUCUCCGCCAGCCACCGGCUCCGGCUCUCCCGCCGGGCGCUGCGCCUGGUCAGCGUGGGGCCCGAGGACGACGGCAUCUACCAGUGCAUGGCAGAGAACGAGGUCGGCAGCGCGCAGGCCAUGGUGCAGCUGAGGACAGCCCGGCCAGGAGCUACCCUCAACCCUGGGCGAGACGCCCGGCCAGGCUCAGCUCAGCCACCCACGCCGCCUUCCCGGGAGGGUGCCUUAAAGCUGCCCCUGGAUAAAGCUGGGCUGCCGAAGCCUGGGAGCACCCCGCUGGCAGCGGCUGCACAGUGCGCAGCCAGCAGGGAGCUGGUGUCUCCAGCCGAAGCCCCCGUCAUCCUCAGCUCUCCCCGCACGUCGAAGACAGACAGCUACGACCUGGUGUGGAGACCCCGGCCGGACAGCAGAGCCCCCAUCCUCUACUAUGUGGUGAAGCACCGCAAGGUCACCAACGCCUCGGACAGCUGGGCAGUGAGGGACGUCCCGGCCUCGCAGCACCGCCUGACGCUCACCAGGCUGGACCCCGGGAGCCUCUACGAGGUGGAGAUGGCCGCCCACAACUGUGCCGGCGAGGGACAGACGGCCAUGGUGACCUUCCGGACUGGUAAAGGCCGGCGUCCAAAACCAGAGAUCGUUGCCAGCAAAGAGCAGCAAAUCCAGAGGGAUGACCCUGGCACCAGCACCCAGAGCAGUAACCAGUCCGACAACAGCCGCCUGUCCCCCCCAGAGGCCCCGGAUCGUCCAACCAUCUCCAUGGCAUCGGAGACAUCCGUGUACGUGACCUGGAUCCCGCGGGGGAACGGUGGGUUUCCCAUCCAGUCUUUCCGCGUGGAGUACAAGAAGCUGAAGAAGCUGGGAGACUGGGUCCUGGCCACCAGCGACAUUCCUCCCUCCCGCCUCUCCGUGGAAAUCCCCGGCCUGGAGAAAGGCACUUCCUAUAAGUUCCGUGUCCGAGCACUGAACAUCCUGGGGGAGAGUGAGCCCAGUGCUGCGUCCCGGCCGUACGUGGUGUCUGGGUACAGCAACCGCGUCUACGAGCGCCCCGUGGCCGGGCCGUACAUCACCUUCACAGAUGCCAUCAACGAGACCACCAUCAUGCUCAAGUGGAUGUACAUCCCUGCCAGCAACAACAACACGCCCAUCCAUGGCUUUUACAUCUACUACCGCCCCACCGACAGUGACAACGACAGCGACUACAAGAAGGACGUGGUGGAAGGAGACCGCUACUGGCACUCCAUCAGCCACCUGCAGCCAGAAACCUCGUACGACAUCAAGAUGCAGUGCUUCAACGAGGGCGGCGAAAGCGAGUUCAGCAACGUGAUGAUCUGUGAAACCAAAGCUCGGAAGUCUCUUGGUCUGCCGGGUCGUCUUCCACCCUCAACAGUGGCCCCCCAGCAGCAUCCCCCGCUCAGCGGUGGGCACAGCGGCCUGGGGACAGGAGCCAUGGUGGCCCGUUCCAGCGACUUGCCGUACUUGAUUGUGGGCGUCGUGCUGGGCUCCAUUGUGCUCCUCAUUGUGGCCUUCAUCCCCUUUUGCCUUUGGAGAGCCUGGUCCAAGCAGAAGCAAACCAUCGACAUGGGCUUCCCGGGAGCUGGGCUGCUGGUAUCAUCCUACCAGUACACCAUGGUGCCCCUGAGGGCCAUCUCUGCUCCUCGUGCCAACGGCCACCCCUACGUCAACGGGCAGCCCUACGCCAAUGGGGCGCAUCUGAACGGCAUCUGCCCCUCUGCUGGGGUGGGCUAUGCGAGCACCAAGCCCCGAGACUACAGCCCAGAUAUGCAGCAGUCACACGAGGAGACCAACGCCUUGCUGCAGGCACGAGUGCUGCAAAACGGGAGCGCCCAACGAGACUACCAACCCUCCAGAUUGCCCAGUUCCAGACCAGAAGACAGCUCUUUCCUCUACAGCCUCCCAGAUGACUCCACUCACCAACUUCUCCAGCCACAAGACGACUGUCCUCACCUUCAAGAGCACUUCAUUGGCCUGCAUCAUCCAGUGAUGGGCAGCAAAGUUGGAGGCCCUAGUUUGGACGCUCGGCGGGAUCCGCUGUUCCACCAAGGAAGCCCUUGCUGCCUAGGCCUAGUGCCAGUUGAAGAGGUAGAAAGACUAGACUGCUGCCAGUCCAGAGGAGACCUCCACCCCCAGAAUCCAGUCAUCACAUCCUUGAGUCAGGACCUACCAGGACAUCUGAACAGCAGCCCGCCACCACUGAGGCCCUUAGAGACUCAUUCUCCUACCAGUUAGGGACCAAGCUGCCUUUUGCAAAGACUUAUUCUAAAGAGAAAAAGAGAAUGGGUAUUUAUUUUUGUAUAACACCCCUAUUUAUAUAUUUAUGCACUUGUAUAUAGAUGUAUAUGUGCCUUUUAUAAUGCUACGGAGACAGAAGGUAUCCUCAGCAAGGCAACGGGAGGGCUGAAGGAACAAGGCCGCAACUAUCCGUGGCACGGGGCUGUUGGUCAGAGCACAAGACUGAACCAGCAGCACGAGACAUCGCAAGACACGGGGCCAAACAGAGCUGCCACCACCGAGAUCUAGCAUCCUCUUGCAGUGAGGGCUUCACGCAAGAUAACGCUACCAGGAAGGUCUUUUCUCCUCGCCCACAGGAAGGCAUGUCCCGGGAACACGCUCCUGAGGGUGGCCUGGAGUUACGCACUCUGCCUAAUCAACUUAAACAACCCUUCACAUAGACGCCAUCUGUAAAGACAAACCCACGCUUUAACACCUAAAAUAAAGGCUUAAGUCUUUUCUGGG